UAUCCUUUGGAAUGUAUGCAUAUAUUUGUUUUGGUGCAGUCGGGUGGCCCUGACUAUGAUGUGCCAUUGGGAAGAAAGGAUGGGCUAAACUUUGCAACACAAAAUGCAACCCUAGCAAACCUUCCCCCUCCCACAAGCAACACAAGCAAACUUCUCACAGACCUGGCAAAGAAAAACCUAGAUGCCACAGAUGUUGUAGCCCUCUCUGGUGGCCACACCAUUGGCCUUAGCCAUUGCUCCUCCUUCACUGGCAGGCUCUACCCAACCCAAGACCCUACCAUGGACAAAACUUUUGCCAAUGACCUCAAGCAAAUUUGCCCUACAAAUACGACCAACGCCACCACCGUGCUCGAUAUCCGUUCACCAGACACAUUCGACAACAAAUACUACGUCGAUCUCAUGAACCGCCAAGGUUUAUUCACAUCGGACCAAGAUUUGUACACAGAUAAAAGGACAAAGGACAUUGUCAAGAGCUUUGCUGUUGACCAGACCUUGUUCUUUGAGGAGUUUGUGAAAUCUAUGAUCAAGAUGGGGCAACUCAGCGUGCUGACUGGCUCCAAAGGCGAAAUUCGUGCAGAUUGCUCGGUGAGGAAUUCGGACAAUAAGAGUUACUUGGCGUCUGUGGUUGAAGAGGAUGAGGAGAGCUUGUCUGAGUUUUAGCCUCAAUGUGUUCAAUAAGUUGACUUGUUUAUGAACUUGUUUCAUAUGCUUAUGUGCUAGAAACCUCUCACGUUUUAGCGUGUGCUUAGUGCUAAAAUGUUUGUAAUAACCAGCCCCUUACUUAUGUUAAAAUUUAGUUUGUUUCGCCAAUCUGGUA